AUGACGGCCAAGCCCCCCGCCCUCGAUGUCUCGGCCACGCACCUCGUCGCGACGCUGUUCUACAAGGCCGACACCCCAAACUUCUUCCAGCAUGCAGACUUGUCCCCACGCAGUCCCGGCGACCCCAUCCCAUCCGCCUCGCUCGAGUCGCUAAAAGACGGCGUCGUGCCUACCCAGGACCUUGCAGACUACCCGCUCGAGCCGCCGACUCCUGGGCCCAACGCCCUCGACAACCUCUAUGGAAGCUACAUCAGCCAAAGCUGCCUCACAGACUUCUUCGCCACCCUCACCAGCGUCAUCGCCGGCCUGGAGCAGAACACGAUAACGAGCAGGAGGCUCGAGGCGAGCAAGCUCUGCAGGGUAGUCGAAGUCACCUUCCCGCUGCACAGCGCUUCGCCCAUCGCGCUCGAGACACUGCGGAGGCAUGAGGCUGUAUCGCGCUUCGAGCGCAAAUGGAACACCGAGUGCGUCUUCCAGCCAGACACGGUUCACCGCCGAUACAAGAGGCUGGCUGUCUUUGACAUGGACAGCACCCUGAUACAGCAGGAGGUCAUCGACGAAAUCGCCUCGCUGAUCGGCGUCGAGAAGGAGGUAUCCGCCAUCACCGCUGCCGCCAUGAACGGCGAGUUGGACUUUGAGGCUAGCCUGCGCGCACGAUGCAAGCUGUUGAAGGGCGUGCCAAGCAGUGUCUUCGAGACGCUGAAGCCGCGCAUCACUCUGAACGAGGGCGUCAAGGACCUCAUCACCGCUUUGAAGCGAUUAGGCUUCAAGACUGCCGUUCUCAGUGGAGGCUUCACUCCGCUGACGGGCUGGAUGGGCCAGCAACUCGGUCUCGACUACGCCUUCGCCAAUCAUCUCGUUGUUUCCGACGACGGAGCCACGCUUACCGGCGAACUGACUGGCGAAAUUGUACACGCCCAGAAGAAACGCCAACACGUCCUGGAAAUUGCCGAGAAGGAAAACAUACUUCUGGACCAAGUUGUAUGCGUCGGCGACGGCGCCAACGACCUUCCCAUGAUGGGUGUGGCUGGUUUGGGUGUUGCCUUCCAUGCAAAGCCAAAGGUGCAGAUGCAGGCUCCUGCUCGCCUAAACUCCAAGAGCAUGUUGGACGUCCUGUACCUCUUUGGUAUCUCCAAGGAGGAGCAAGAAGCACUAUUGCGAUAG